CAAAGCAUGUGACCACGUGAGGGGGCAGUCCCAAAGCUCGAAAAUUCCGUUGGAUGCGAGAAGCAUGCGAGAAGAAACACACACACGUAUGAACAAUGAGAGUGAAGUCCUGCUAUCUGUACUACUUCUGAUUAGUGAAAUCAUCACUGGUAGUACCAUCAAAGUUCAAGUGGAUUCCACAUGGCCUCCAGUGCAUCCUCACUUGGGCCGUUACAGACUGACGUACUCUUUUCUGGCCAUGCCAGCUUCAGCCCGUCGAUCAGCACCACUCCGCCUCAGUCUCUACUGGAGACAGAGGGCAUACCCCUGGAGACUUUCAUCGAUGAGCUGGACCAGCAGUUCAGGUGCAUCCUUUGCAAGAAGGGCCUGCGAUGGGCGAUGCAAGCGGGGUGCGGCUGCAGGUCCUGCUAUGGGUGCCAGUACAGAUUCAACAAGGAUCUCGGGGAGGAGCUGACAUGCCCACAUUGUGGGGAGGCCUUCCUCAAGCAAGAAAUUGUCAAGGACAAUUUUGCCAGGAAGAAGUUGGAGAAAUGGAAAGUGUACUGCGCCAACAGAGCGCGGGGAUGCAGAGAGCAGAUGCUGUUGAAGAUGAUGGACAAGCACUUGCAGCAGGAGUGCGACUAUGAGGUGAUCAGCUGCAUGUACCACAGCAAGGGGUGCCUGAAGCGCGUUCAAAGAAACCAGCUGGUCCAACACUUGGAAAAGGAAUGUGCCUUCCGCCGGCAAAAGUGUGGAUACUGUGGUGAUGAGAUCAUAGUGAAUGAACUGGAGUUACAUGAGAAAGAGUGUAAGAAAUUUCUGGAUACAUGCCCGAACAAGUGUGGAGAAGAACUCAUCCAUAAAGAGAAAAUGCAAGAGCACAUCACAAAAACCUGCCCUCUGGAAGUGAUCAGGUGUUUUUUCACACCAUUUGGAUGCUCUUACAAAGAGGAACGGAGAACGAGAAAGAUGGAUUCACACAUGUCUGAGUACCAAGUCUACCACUUGCAAAUAGUCACUGAGCACAUCAAGAAUAUGGACUUAGUUCUAAAUGAGUUGCGGCUUUUCAAGGACCAGGGAAAAAAGAUGGCCACGGAAGGCAUGACCGAAAAGAUGCAGGGGCUGGAAAUCAGUGGUGGUUUGAAGCAGUCACUCGCAAAAUUCGAGAAACAGAUUCGGGAUUUGCAGAAAAUGAUCGCACCACGUGUGGAGCAGAUUGACAGCCUGGAAGACAACAUCAAUAAAUUGGCCAAGCAGGAGACGGUGAUGGAAAUACAGAAGAGCCUCAAACCCAUUGAGGAGGACCAGACUGCUAUGAAGAGUCGCAUCUUGGCACUGGAGCAGCGUCAGAAGCCUGGCAGCAGUGACAGUAAUAUAACUGGCGAGACCUCAGUAACCAUGACUGGUGUGACUACCAGUGCAUUGUCUGCAAGCUCUUCGCGCCUGACGACUAUGGAGAACCAGAUGGGCAUGCAUGCAGUGCGCAUAGCUGAGCAUGACCUGCGGUUCCAGGUCUUAGAAACAGCCAGCCAUGACGGGACACUUCUCUGGAAGAUCAAGGAUUUUGCCCGUCGCAAGCGCGAUGCGGACAUUGGAAAGACCCUGUCACUCUACAGCCAGCCGUUCUACACCAGCCGCUAUGGGUACAAGAUGUGUGCCCGCAUCUACCUGAACGGGGACGGCAUGGGAAAGGGGACCCAUGUCUCACUUUUCUUUGUCGUGAUGAGAGGUGACUGUGAUGCAUUGCUACCCUGGCCGUUCCGUCAAAAGGUUACUCUGAUGCUGUUGGACCAGGACACUGGCCGGCGCCACUUGUCGGACAGUUUCCGGCCGGAUCCUGCCUCGUCCAGUUUCGGCCGGCCCACGACCGAGAUGAACAUCGCCUCGGGCUGCCCGUUGUUUGUCUCCCAGUCAGUGCUGAGCGACCCUGCUUAUGUCAAGGAUAAUGUCAUGUUCAUAAAGGUGAUUGUAGACGUCUCCGAUGUGGUGAAGCCCUAGUCUAAAUUGUCUGGACUCAUUCUUGGGUUUUGACAGAGGUUUGGGGAAACAGUUAGGGCCAUGGGGGAUAAAUUGUCAUGUUUUGAGCAUCAAUACUUCGGCUGUAAUGGACCCUCUAGAAAACCCUUUAUAUCCUUUCAGGAGUUAGGUAUUUAGUAAAAUGCUUGUCUUUGUUCUCAUUGUUUAGCAUCUAUGCUUAGGCUGCAAUGGACCCUUUAGAUAACCCUGUAUAUCCAAUUAGGAGUUAAGUAUUAAGUGAAGAGUUUGUCUUUUUUCUCGUUGAAUUUGUUACAUUAAUAAAACUCUGCAACUCCAGCUCAAAAUAUCAAUAGAAGUUUAAAAAAUAGCAUUUUUUUUCUCCUUUGCUUUUUAUUUGAUUAUUUUUAAUUAUUGUCAUGCUGAUUGAGUUCUUUUCCAGCUCAAAAGUAGAAUAGAAAUUAUUCAAAUAACAGUUGCCUUGUUGAAAGAGCCCACAUGCUUUUGUCGCUUCACUGCAUGAUUUUUUUACACUGGAUAUUUUUCAAGUGUGGUCGUGUUACUAGUCAAAUUUGGGAAACCGAGGCUGUUUGACCCUGCUCUAUUUCCAUUUGUGUUCCAUCAUUUUUUUCACCCAUUUUCCUCUCCAAAGCUUGUGUUGUCUCAGCACCAUCCCAUCUCUAAUAUGAGAGUCUGCUUGUAAGGAGUGGUCAAGUUAUCAAAUAAUGUACUCACAUUACUCACACGAACAUUCAGACAUCACUUUAACUGCACUCACUGUGGAGUGCAGGGUACAUUUAGAAUGCAAAAAACACACACACAAAAAAGAAAAUCCAGGCAAUCAUACUUAACAAAGACCAGACUAGUUUCAAAACGUGCAGAAGCCUCUGUUAUCUAUAUGGCAUGACUGGACUCCCUGAUUUGGCACACUUAUUACUCCAAUUAUUUGAAGUGCCUAUUAAUGGUUUGCAGAUAAGUGUCAACAGGUUGGUAAUUAAAAUUAAAUACAUAUAUGCUCUCGACCAUUCACUUUUCCAUCUUCGAAAUCAGUAAGGCUGUUUGUUGAUUUUGAUGGGCAUAAUCAGGUAGGUCCGCUGUAUCAACAACAUCACCGACCGUAGUGUACAAUUCAAGCAACUGCUAAUUUGGCAAAUUCUGAUUGGCCCGACACUUUAUAUGAACUUUUGACUUUCACUCCCUUUCCAAAAAAUAUAUAUAUAAGAAUAAAGAAUGAUGGCGUGGUUUUUAAACUAGUUCCUUUAAAAACCAGCCUGGGGCUUGGGAUAAUACUGGACUGAGCUGAAAUCUAGGUCAUUUAUUAUCCCCAUGCUAGUCUCUGGUUUUAAACAUGCCCCAUCAAACUUUCAUUCCUGAAUGAACCAAAAGAUGUGAACACAUUUUUUUUAAAUGCUGUUGAACUGUUUCAGGUGUAUAACCCUCGGUUUGUUGUGCACUGUAAAACACUUAUUUUAGUUUUGGAGUCAAUGUGCACAGAUUGUAUGAGAAACUUGUUGCCAGUUUAGCACUUCCUGAAUUUCACAUCCAUUAGAGAGCAAGAUACGACACCUCUGCCCGGAUAGCAAGUUUGGUCAUCUUGUGAACUAAACCCUGAUUCCAGUCAGUCAAGAAGAGGCUUAGAUGUCAAGACAAGAUCACGAUUUGGUGGAUAUUAACUGACAGAAGUUAAGGAAAAUGCCACUGCUAAUCUACCUUCUCUGAAGUCUGUCUUCGCUCUGAGGAUUCUUGUUUCCUAAUUCUUAGAUUUAGUGCCUUAAUUCUCCUCGAUUCUUCCACUGGGAGAUUUUUCUUUGUAAGGAUUUCAUGGAGCAUAGAACUUUUCCUUUGACGUGUUUGGACAUGCUGCAUUAUUGGUCUCCUGCACAGCGAAGGAUUUUGAAGGGUUAAAAAAAAAAGGUUCUUGCUAUUUAAAAACAAAAAGUACCUUGGGGUGAUCAGUGCACCAAGCGAGUAAGGCUUGGACUAGUCCAGAAUGUUGUAGACUCAGUUUCAAGUUCUACCCAAGAAUAAUAACUUUACCCUCAAAAUGGACUCGAAAUUGUCAGGUUACAAGGAGGCGUAAUCAUCCAUUAUAACAUAACACGUAUUGAAGUCUUAAAAAUUCUCCCAGGUUUGAAUCAAUAUUCUGACUUUUUCCGAAACUUAUUCCACUGAGCACACAUUCUGGUAUAAAUUUGAGAUCUCUCUUCUCUGGAGGACAAAUUCAUCGAGCAUGUUCUGUAUUUCAAAUAUGUUGUCUUAUCUGGACUCGCAAGUAUAUGUGGAUUUUUCUGGCUCUUGUAAUUUACCUCAUUUUACUCAGUUCAUGAUAGUUUGAAAGGCACCGAUAGAUCGAAGCUACUUCUUUUGACUGGUUUUCAAGAUGGAAAAGUGAAAAAUGGUAAUUUUUAUGAAUGAGAGAGGCCAUCAACCUUACCCUCUAAACUUUUUUUUUUUUUUUCACCAGAGUAUUUCUUGGAUUUACCAAAUUGCAAAUGCUGCCUGCAAAAAAUUACACAUACGGUGAACAAAAUUAGAAUGCCAUGACUGACACCACGUUGUGACACCUGGUGUGUCCAUGUGACUGACUCAAAACCAUCUAGAAUGAGGUGUUGGAAUUUGGUGGGUUUUGUUAGGCAUGGCUGCCUACCUAGACUAGGUGCUUGUUGAGUGGGGUUGAACUCCAUUUAGCUUGAAAUAAUACGAUGUUCUUUUUCAAGGUCUCUAAAAGUUGGAUUUCGAUCCUGGGACAGGAUUUAGUCCCUGUUUCAGGUGGCAAUGGGAGCUAAGUGUGCCAUUCAUGUAGACACUUUGAUGCUCUUUCAAAAUAUUUAUCCAAAAUUAACAGCCAUUUUCUUCUUCACAAAUUCAAAUAAGGGAGUCUAGCCACACACAUCUUUGGUCUGGGGUCCUCACAAUGCACAAGGCAUUUGAUACAUGUACACCCAACACACCAAUCAUGCGGAGACGUACUAAAGCCUUUUAGGUCAGUCCAUAUUUUCUCAGCACAGUGCCAGCCAGCUUAUUAGUCCUGAAUAUUGCAGCAGUGCUCAGGGGCAGACCCAGGACAAGUUAUGGAAGGAGGGGAGUUUGGACAUUUUGUUAUUUAGCACUUUAGGACCUGUCUGAGAAGUGCUUGGGGAGGAAUGGAAAUGAAAAAAUCUCCUGAUGUUUUCAAACCCAACCAAAUUGGGGGAGGGGGGUUGGCCCUCAUGGCACCCCCUUUCCUCAUUAGUUAAUGAAUGAUAGGGCAUGGAAUAUUUGUACACGGCAGAGGAGUUAAGAUCAUGCUUGAGAAGAACAGAGACUGGGCAGGAUUUUAACCACCAACUUGCUGCACGCUGUGCAGGCCCUCAACAAACUGAGCUAUCCAUCCCCGUGCUGGCAGUCUCCUGGUGUGUUGCUAGCUUUGGCAUGGGGACACCUGUCACUCUUAGAGGCUAUUUGACAAACCAAGAGACUGUCAACAAGGGGUUAGAAAUGACAGCUGGUAGAGCACCAGUACUGUGUCCUGCGGGUGGGCAGUUCAAGUCCUGCACUUGUCAGCAUUCAGUAUUGGCCCUGGAAUUUCAACUUUGUUGGCAGUGUGUUACAGCUUCAAACACUGACUCUUGGGAGGAGAGAGCUUGAAACACGAUUACAUGGUCAACUACCAAGAUAACUCAUUUGAAGUUGUCAUCGUCAUGCAUAUGCACACAACGCAGCUCCAGGUUGUGACACGUUGAUGUACAUGCUAUGACAAUGUAUGGACCAUGUGUCCUGAGAUGUCACAAAAAGUUAAUCACUUGGAAACCAUUAUUUUGGCAACCAUUACACAUAUAUCAUGUCAACUGUCACCUCUGAAUCACGUCUUAUGACAAUGCAUGCAAAUUGGGAGAAGGCUAUGAGUGAAGACAUUUUGCGAUGUGACCACAGAAUCCAAUGUUUUAAAUCAAUGUCCCAUGGUACUGGGUUUGCUGAUUGUCUUUCUUUCCAAUUGUUUUGUUUGUGUUUGUUUUGUCCUACCCUUUUGGGCUUUGGUCAUUUUGUCUGAUUUGUCAGGAUUUUCUGGAUCUCAGGAUUGUUGACCUCCAAAAGUUUGAGGUUAAAUCUUGCAGGUUUUACUGCUUUGUAUAAAAGACCAUGUUCAAGGCUCAGACAGAAGAUUUAUCCGUUUUGAGAGAAAAGACCCCUUCUUCGUCAUGGAAAGCCCUACAAUAGUCAAAUACAGUAUUUUAAUGCUGUCAUUGUUACACCUAUCACCAGGAUGUUUUUUGGAUUUUCAUCCUUAAUCUCAUUUGAAACAUAAAAUGCAGAUGGAAACAUUUAAAAGUUCCUUUCCCUUCAUUUCCCUCCAUUUCUAAAUCUCCUGUUACAUCUUGACCCAGGUCUCAAGCUUUUUUCCCAACUACAGUAGUGGUAAAGGCAUGAGUUCUUGCUCCAUCACAUCUGAAAAUCCAUCCUUGUCUCCUUCAUCAGCUUAAGUAGGGGUAAAGGCAUGAGUUCUUGCUCCAUCACAUCUGAAAAUCCAUCCUUGUCUCCUUCAUCAGCUUAAGUAGGGGUAAAGGCAUGAGUUCUUGCUCCAUCACAUCUGAAAAUUCAUCUUUGUCUCCUUCUUAAGCUUAAGUAGGGGUAAAGGCAUGAGUUCUUGCUCCGUCGCUUCUGAAAAUCCAUCCUUGUCUCCUUCAUCAGCUUAAGUAGGGGUAAAGGCAUGAGUUCUUGCUCCAUCACGUCUGAAAAUCCAUCCUUCAUAAGCUUGCAUGUGAGCUGAUAUCCUUUUUUGAUGUAAAACAAGUUUGUAGAUAAUUAUAUUUUAAAGUAAAUUCUGAACCUUACCUCCCCCUCCCCAUUACUGAAGCUGUGAAGUCCAAAAUGGGCCAAGGAAAUCCCCAUCCUAACAUUUCUCCUACUCCCUCCAAAAACCGAAGAAUGAGUCCUGUAUAUGAAGACAACUACGCUGCACCAAACGGUGCCGCUGAAAACUGACAGAAGGCCCAGGGACUAGGAGGAAGCAAUGCUUGUGCUGUCCACAAUGAAAUUAUUCUGAGGUGUCCUGUGGCAGCUGGGCUCCAAUCAAAAAAGUUAAUUUGCACAUCAUGCAAAUGUUAAGAAGCCAAAAUUUGUGCAGUUGCGUCAGUCUGCUUGCUGACGACAGUGGUGUACGUGAAGCUCAUUUCGGCACACCCAGCAUUACAACUUUUGUCGUGGUGCAUGCACAGAAUCAUUCUGAAACAGACUUCACUUGGUAGUGAGUCUUAUCCAGUCUUCAUUUGCAUGGAGUGUGAACCAAACUUUUAUUGCAUGAAGUAGAAAGGAAAAUUCACUGAGGUCCCCUUGCUGUUUUUGCGAUCUCAGGGUUGGAUUUGAGCUCAGUUUGAAGCUUUCAAAAUCACACAUUAAUAUAAAGCGACCAACCAGCCUAAGCAAUCGCUGCCACAUCUAUAUUUCAGUUGAGCCAAGCUGGGUUAGCAUUUGUGGGUAAAAUAAGAUCAGUGGUAGAUUCAGCAUUUCCGAAGUUUUUUUUUGAGGGGGGGCUCACUAAACUGGAAGGGAAGCACUUGAAUUGGGUUUUAGUGGUCAUCUGGGUGACAGUUUCUGUCUUCAUAGCGACGAAAAACAACUAACUGACAGCAGAAGAAAUGGGGAAGAGGCAAAAAACACCUUAAAGAAUAAAUGGGGGAGGGAGCUGGGCAUCCAUGGGUAGCCUGGGACUUAUUCAAAUCAUUCACAGUGUGCCGACGGGCGAGGGGGUGCUCCCCUUUCAACACUGCUGGAUCUGCUAGUACUGCUACUGAAGAUCAUAGCCUACUCACAAUUGGAAGAAGUUUGGAAGAAGAGGAACAUGUUUCAACCAAUUAAAGAUUGCCUAGGUUCUGUCAAGUAUUAAAGCGAAUGACAGAGCCUUGACGUUUGUGCGAAGAACACCAAGCACUUCUGAUAUGUCUUGACUGAGACUUGCCAACUUAGGUUGUCAAUGAAGACUGUCCCAAGCGGGCAGUAUUUUUUGGCUGUGGCUAUUCACCAUGGUGCACAAAUGUAAAAAAAUAAGCCAUAGCCAUAGUCACAGAAUACUUGGUUUGAACAACAGUUAAUUGAAUCAGGAAAGAGUCAAUACAUUGCAUGGUAUUCACAUUCCAAAAGGACAUAUCUAUUAGAUGACCCUGUCUCGGAGCAUUGAAAUAAACUGUCAAUCUUUUUGUCUCUCAGUAACUGAAAAGAUUACUCAUUAAGAGUGGGGGCAAAGAAAUUUUGGGGGGAUUGACAAAAAGUCCUUCACAAAGUUACUUAUUAAAGUAUGACCCAGACUUCUUGCAAGCGUGCUGCCCUCUGUUCUAUAUUUUUGAUCAGCUUUGAAAUUAAAGGUCCGUUUUAGCUACUUUUCCAUCAAAAUACCAGCCCACAAUCAUUUUAGACAAGUUGGCCCAUGGCUUUUGAAAUUCUAAUCAGGAAUUUGCCAAUUAAUCUCUUUUCAUGGGCCACUCGCUAUUUUUCAAAAUUGUGCUGUUGCUGACGAGCAAAUCAUUGAAAGGUUGCAACCAUACUGCAAAGAUGCAUGUGAAACUUGUGUACAAUUUGUAGAUGUUUGUAUUUAUGUGUAAUUUGUGCAUUUGUUGGGACACAGACAGUCACUGAAGACUUUUUUUUUCCUGGUGGGUAGUUACUCUUCACUGUUGUGUGCUGUACGAAUCUCCAAGUAUGCCCAUGGGAUGUAUAACAUUGCAGGCCUGUAUCAACAUCAGGUGCAUGCCUCAUACCUGUAAAUACAUCUAAUAAGCCAUUUCCGAGUUAUCUGACUGCACAUAAACAUAAAAUUUGAAUUCCCCAGACUAAAGACACUGUUGCUAUACCUCGUGAUUCCAGGUAAGCUUUGACAUAACGACCACCAUCUCAGGAAUGGACUGGUUCCUUUGUGCCCUUUGUAACCAUUGAGGACAGUAUAUUGUUGCAAGGCGUCUCGUAUGUAACUAAGCAAAAGCUUGCCCCAAAUCACGAGGUAUAGCAACAGUAGUUUUAG